UCUAACAAAUCAAUAUCCAUGUUUAUUCCAACUGCGUCUGUUACAAAUUCGAAAUAAUUUUAUAAGGAAUAUUCAUUUCGGAGAGAAAAUUAAUAUAGGUUUAUUAAGUUUGUUGUAGAUAUAAUAAUGUUUCAAAGAUGGAAGAGGAUAUAUGUGUUAAAUAACUAGAGGAGCAUACGACUGUGACGUAGUGUGACGUUGUUUCGACGAACGCAGCUAGAGAGAACAUGCUGGAAGAUGAUGAUGAUGACGUCAUUAUCGAGGAAGUGGAGGGAGCUGAUGGCGUGGCCACCCGACCUCCAGAACUUGGAGACUUUAUCACAGGAGUUCUUAAUGAAAGGAUUACCAUAGGGGAACUAGAAAGUCGGAGGGAAAACUCAUUUGGGAUAGCGAUGGGGCUUGCCGCCAGGAUUGCGAACACUGCCUAUGGGAUACAUCCUUUGUUUCCAAAGUACAUUUCAAUAAGGGGAGGCAAGCCUGAACUUGAAAAUCUUCGAGCCCUUGAUGCUUAUGAAUUCCAGUGUUUUGUACCUAUUAAGAGGCCUGCAAAACCCGACACAUUCACGAUGGUGUACAAGCCCCCCAGCGAAUUCCCAAGCCAUAGAAUCCUUCUAGGUGUCAACGAGAAUCUGUUUUCCGUAGACAAGAUGCAGAUCUCUAAAGAGUGGGGUCAUUGUGUGGAUACAAACGGGUUCCUUAGGCCUGACUUUAUCCUCCACUGGUUCAAUGACGGUAUCAUAGCAGCUGUGGACUUUUUAAAGGAGGCUAGACCUCAUAAAGCAAAAAAACAUCACACCAUGGACAUAUCAUAUUCUGGUAAAAAAGACGGAACCUUGUUGAUCAACUUCUACACGAACCAGUCCAUUCAACCGCAUUUGUUCUUCACACUCAAUAUCGUACCCUGCAUUUCAAUCAGUGAAGUUCCGAAGCAGUGUCGUCUGCAAGUCCCAAUAGCAAGCAGACGACCGUAUUAUGAGUUCCACACAGACUUCAAAAAGAAUAUCAGAGACGUCUUGACGCAAGGUGAAAAAAUGUUCUACCUUGACGCAACUGUGAUGCCAUGGAGCAAUGAGUGUGGUUACGAUGGCAGUAUUGUCUGCUCCUGGGGUCUCAACAUAGGUUGUCUAGAGGACAGGGCUCUUCAUUAUAUCUGUCAGAUGACGACAGGACAAUAUUUCAGAGACAUCAUCAUGUUGAUAGAGAGAAUCAAAGACAUACAUUCAUUUUGCUUGCAUCCUUUGACAAAUCGCGUCAUCUUAAAUGCCAUAUUGUAUCAGCACAAGAAAAGCAUGGGAGUGGUGAAGGGAAGGUCACGUUGGUUCAUCAAGGUGAUCGAACGGCUUUCGUCCCACAUGAAGUCAGGUGUAUUCCCAGCGUUCUUUCAAGGGAAAUAUAAUUUGCUCAGUGAUUUUAAGCCCGACAUGUUGUCCGCCACGGCUUCGGAGCUAGACGAGAUGGUAGAGGGUCUGAACGAGGCUCCAGAGAAUCUGUUCGUAUAUACUGGUCUGGAAAGUGAACUGGAAGAAAUUGACGAGGCGAAACCAUACAGAGAUGAGCCACCCAAGGUAGAAAAUGCAGAGGAGAAAACGCUUUCAUCGAGAGAGGAGGUCGAGGAGGAUUCGUUGUUUGACAGGACGAUUACGACGUUGAUGAGUGAAACAACAGAUCGUUCAUACGAUGACACAUUCUGUGAUGAAAGCGAUGAGGAACCCAUUUUCAUUACUGGACCUGUGAGAUACGGUUUUAAAAGGCAUGAAAUACGGUCAGGAUCAAAGAUGUCGGGAAAUGUGUCAGUAGGUAAAGUUUCUACUUACUCCCGUUCGGCACCCAACAAGUUAGGGUAUACAACAAAAUCAGUGGGUAAAGUUUCAGCAAACGGUUCUAUUAAUUCCGCAGAUAAAAUUUCAAGAAAUGGUUCUAUUAGGUCAUCUGAUAUCGUUUCUGGAAAAUUGUCUAACAGACCACUUUCGAAAUUGUCCAGGAAUGGUUCAACAAUAUCAAUAUCUUCUGCUAACAUUUCUGUCAAUGGAUUGAACUGUUCCGUCGGCCGAGUGUCUGGGGAUAUCUCUAAAGGGUCUGUUGGGAAAGUGUCUGGACCGGACUCGUUAAAGUCAGCAUCAAAGAGUUUAGGUAAUGUGCAAAGUUCUACUCCAUCACACUCCAAAACAUCACUUCAGUCCUCUACUCAUUCUUUAAACACAGUUCCAAGGCAGACUGUAGCUCUUCCUGCACUAAAAGGCCGCGGAGAUAAUUCUGUCAAACAGGAAGACAUUGUGUCCAGGAAUUUGUCACCAAUUUCAAAGAAGUGAAGAUGUGAUAUGUGUCUACGAACCAGGUGCUGGAAGUGAAUGGGAGUUAAAUGUCAAAUAGUUGGUGCAAGGAUACGGAUAGAAAUUAGAUUUGUGUAAUGAAGAAGAACCAUUAGUUUCCAGACGUGAAUGGUUGGGACUGUUGUGGGUAUGUUAAUUACUGCAGGUUAACCAGUAUAUAUAUUGUUCUGACAGAAAGUGAUCGCCUCUUUACAUCGUAAUCAUCGAAAGUAUAUGCUUUAGUAACUUAGUGAGUGAUGCAUGAUAGAUAAAUAGCAAUACACAUCUUAAAAUGUCAAGUGUAAUUGGUCCAUCUGCGAAUCAAACAUUUCUAUGUCAAAGUGAAAUUUGGUAAUACCAAUACGAUAGAGAUUUUAUAUAUACCUGGUAGUACCAAUACGAUAGAGAUUUUAUAUAUUCCUGGUAGUACCAAUACGAUAGAGAUUUUAUCUAUACCUGGUAGUACCGAUACGAUAGAGAUUUUAUAUAUACCUGGUAGUACCAAUACGAUGGAGAUUUUAUAUAUUCCUGGUAGUACCAAUACGAUAGAGAUUUUAUAUAUACCUGGUAGUACCAAUACGGUUGAGAUUUUAUAUAUACCUGGUAGUACGAAUACGGUUGAGAUUUUAUCUAUACCUGGUAGUACCAAUACGGUUGAGAUUUUAUAGAUACCUGGUAGUACCAAUACGGUUGAGAUUUUAUAGAUACCUGGUAGUACCAAUACGGUUGAGAUUUUAUAUAUACCCGGUAGUACCAAUACGGUUGAGAUUUUAUCUAUACCUGGUAGUACCGAUACGAUGGAGAUUUUAUAUAUACCUGGUAGUACCAAUACGGUUGAGAUUUUAUAGAUACCUGGUAGUACCAAUACGGUUGAGAUUUUAUAUAUACCUGGUAGUACGAAUACGGUUGAGAUUUUAUCUAUACCUGGUAGUACCAA